AUGAUUCCGUCCAAGAACAGGCGAAACAGUAUGGGCUUCUCUAAAGUUCGCUUGUGCGUGGCUCUGUUACUGGCAUGGACGUCGUUCAACAUGACCUUCCUACCAUCGGUGAAGGCGGCAUCAGAGCUCUCCAAGCGCUACUACCCCUGCGAUGAUCUCGCCAGCGCGGCCAUUCAAAUCGUCUUAGACAAUCUCCGCCCAGAGCCAGUACAGAGCCAGCUGAUCUCCCUGUCCAACCAGUACCGGGGAACGACGCUGUCCUACCCGAUGCCCGACUGGAAGAUCCUGCGGGUCUUCAAGAAACUGGAUGACAUCAGAGAUCUCCACUCGCAGGUGGAUUCCUUCAUCAGCACCGUAUCUAUCGAAAUAAAUCGAGAUGUUGUGACCCUGGAACAAAACUGCAAAAGCAAUACCCUCGGGAAAAGAUUAGGCAAAUAGGAGGUAUCAUCAAUGCCCUUGAAAAACGACUUCGACUCGGAGACAUC